AUGGCGAUGCAUUUUGGUCUAAUACCACCUCAAACGUUGGAUCUAAACAGUGUAAAUGUAUCGGCAAACUGGAAAAGAUUCAAGCAGAGGUAUCUCAACUACGAAAUAGCAAUUGGCAUCAGUGGAAAAGAGGAUGCAACUCGAGUCGCAACAUUGCUAACCAUCAUAGGAAACGAAGCAUUUGAUGUCUACAACACGUUCGUGUGGGCUACAGUUGGGGAUUGUAAGAAGAUAGCUAAAGUUCUUGAAAAAUUCGAUGAACAUUGCGAGCCAAGAAAAAACGUAACCUAUGAAAGAUACAUAUUUUUCACCAGAGCACAAGAAACCAGUGAAACCAUUGAUCAGUAUGUCACAACAUUAAAGAGGCUUAGUGACACCUGUGAAUUUGGGACAUUAAGGGACACUCUCAUCAAGGAGAGAAUAGUCCUGGGAGUGAAAAAUCAGAAAAUUUGUGAGAGACUUCUUUGA